UUCCAAUUUCCACAACACACAAAUUAAGAAUCUAAAAGCUAAAAACCAAAGGCCCUGAUUCUCUUUCCCACUCUAUUAUCUUCUCAACUCCUUCCCCUACUCUCAUUUCUCCUCUUCUUUUUUUUCUUCAUUUUUACAACCUUAGAGAUAUAAGCCAAUUAAUCAAGAUGAUCUUAGGUAAGAGACCAAGGCCCCCAAUCAAAAGAACCACAAGCAUGACUGAAUUCACCUUGGAUAUUGACCAUAUAGAAGGUGGCACUACUACUACUACUACUAAUACUAAUACUACAACUACUAACAACUCUCAACAUCCAUAUGAUCUAAACAACCCCUUUAACCUAAACAUCCCAUCUCCAAACGGUACGCUUGAUCAUCGGUUAUUGGGUGCCUCGGUUUUUCCUAGAAACCAUCGUCGUAAUUCGGCUGAUCAUAUGGAAAGACCUCAUUUCUUGACCAUUUGUCACUUUUGCAACCGAAAGUUGAUCACUGGUCGUGAUAUCUUCAUGUAUAAAGGCGAUAGCUCAUUUUGUAGCUUCGAGUGUAGGCAACAACAAAUGACUCAAGAUGAAAAGAAAGACAAACAGUUAUCGGCGUCGAAGAAGCAUGUUGAUGUUCCUCCUGAAUAUUGCCCUAACGAAUUGAAGAGCGACUAAGAAAUAAAUGAAUAUUGAAUUUCUAUUUAUUGAUGAUUUUAAUUUAUAUAUUUGAUCGAUGGAGGAUGGAAAUUAAUUCGAUCAGGAAUUGUAUCGUUGAUUGGUGAUGCAAAUAUAUGUAAUGUAUAAUUGAAAUUCGAUGUAUGUACGUAUGUAUUGUAUAUUGUGUACAAGCAUGUGUGCUAUCGAAAAUUAUGAAAUGAAUAUAUGAAGUGAUCGAUGGAA